GGCCCGAGCGCACAGUCUCCUUCCUCGCAGCAAGUUGCACGCAGAGCAGUUGCUCUUUCCCGCGGCCGCGCUGUUACACUACCACUUUGAUUUCCAUCUCCUUCUAAUCCAAUACGGAAGCUGCCUGUCCUUUCUUGUUCCUUUGUGAAAGCGGCUGCAUCAUUUCUCCGCCUCUGCGCGUCCACGAUCACACGCCCAUUCUCCAAACAUCAACACUUUCGCUCUCACAGUGCCACGCAAUGUCGCGGACCCAGCAAGAUCAGUUCAUCGACGACGAUGAGGAAGAGACAUGUCCCCUCUGUGUCGAAGAGUUUGAUCUAUCAGAUCGGGGCUUUAGACCUUGCGUCUGUGGUUAUCAGAUCUGCCAGUUCUGCUAUCACAAUGUUCGCAACAACAUGAACGGCCUCUGUCCGGCCUGUCGACGCCCAUACGACGAUGCCAACAUAGAGUUUCGCAAACCUGGCCCGGAAGAAGAAGCCCUGUGGAGAGCCAAGCAGGCCGCCAAGCAAAAGAAGCAGUCCGCCGCUGCUCAAAAGGAAGCCCUGAAGCGCGAGGCCGAUACUCUGUCCCGCAAACAUCUCGCAGGCUUGCGCGUCGUGCAAAAGAACCUGGUUUAUGUGACUGGUUUGAGCCCCAGAGUGCAAGAGGAUAGACUGCUCGAGACUCUCCGCGGCGACCAGUACUUUGGCCAAUACGGCAAGAUUGUCAAGAUAGUCGUCAGCAAGGCAAAGGACAACAUCAACCCGCAGUCUGUCGGCGUCUACGUCACCUACGCGCGCAAGCAAGACGCCGCCUCUUGCAUCGCUGCCGUCGACGGCUCACAGAAUGGCGACAGAGUCUUGAGAGCCCAGUUCGGUACUACAAAGUACUGUUCGGCAUAUCUUCGCAAUGAGCAAUGCACCAAUCGCAAUUGCAUGUUCCUGCACGAGCCCGGUGAGGAGAAUGACAGUUUCACCCGCCAGGACUUGUCUUCGAUGAACGUCAUCUCGACACAGCACCCGCAAGCUCAGUCGCAGCCCGCCUCGCAACCUCCUCCGCAGAGUCAACAGCCUGUUGCCGCCGCGCAUACCCUCACCCGACAAGACUCGCAGUACAUCCCUCCGAGCCCGAGCGUCGAACAUGAUGGUCCUGCGUUGCCUUCAACUGCCAGCUGGGCGUCCAAGGCUCCUCAGAUGAGCCGCACCGCCAGCACCCGCUCUGUCUCACUUGUCAUGCCCAAAGAAACAGUUAGAGAGAAACCCAAGCCUGAGCCCCAGCCUCAGCCCGAACCCGAACGCGAGCCAUCACCCGAGCCCGAGCCAGAACUACCAGCUACUCCAAGUCCGCCGCCAGCCCCCGUCGCACCCGUCAAGAAGAAGAAGCCGUUUGUUGAAGACCCACUCACACACAUGUUCAAGGCUUUCCAAUCUUUCGACCUCAACUUCGUUCUCUCCACUAAGACACUGGAAGAUAGCGGCAUUGACUUUGACAAUUUCCCAUCGCUUUUCGACCCACACGGCGGUGCCAAGAGACGUGCAAUGAGACAACGCGAAGAGGAGGAAGAUGAGGAGCGCCGACGACUGGAAGCAGAGGCUCAGCUCGCUCAGCAGACGGUCAACAGCGUCGAGGAUGAAACCGGUCCCGAGAUUGGUGGAAGCAUGCAGCUUGGAGGCGAGCCAGAAGACACGGCAGGCCGUGGUCAGUCUCCUCAGCACGCCAUCGAGCCACCUUCGUCGCGCUCGAACUCGGUCAUCGACGGUGGUUUCCUUUCCAACGAGCUUUCAAAUCUCAGCAUCACCGCUCCCAACUUGACUGCCCAGCAACGCCAGCAGUUGCUCCUUCAGCAGUUCAAGACUCCUUCGGCUUCAACCAACCAGCCUCCCUUCCAACCCCCACCCGCUGCUCCAGCCGGCCACGCACGUAAUGUUUCACGAUACACGUUUGCCAACGACUCUUCCACGGCUGUCGCUGCAGUCAAGCCUGUCGCCAACGCCAAACUUAUGAACCAACAAUCGUCCAUGAUGCCCUCUCAAUCUGCCUUCCAGCAACCUCCUCCAGGCGGCUUUUACAGCAAUGUCCAGGGACCUCCCCCUGGUCUCAAGAAUAUCGGAACUCCUCCGAUCAGCGGAGGCGGCAUGUUCGGUCAAGGCCAUGGUUUUGCCACAAGCAGUCUGGGAUAUGGCGCAAACUUAACUGGGCACAACCCUAAUGAUGAAAUGAUGAGAGAUCUUUUGCGAAACCGCAACCUCGGUGGAGGUGCUCAAAUGUCAGAUGCCGCAAAGCACAUUUCAGACAUCUCAUCCCUUGGUGGCGCCGCUCAUCUUUCAUCAGAUCUUUUCGACGAACCUGGACGCUCGACACCCCCAGUGCCUCCUGGUUUAGAAGGGUUGGGCCAAUCACUGCAGUCUCUUGACCUUGAUGAUGAAGACGAUGUACCCAGACGUUCGACACCGUCAAUUCCUCCAGGUUUCACUGCUCCUGUCAUCGCCCCGUUCAAAGACGACUCGUCUGUAUCCCUUCCCACUUCACGAUCCAGUUCAAGAGCGAGUCUACGUCGGGUAAAUUCCCAGAUUCUCCCUGCUGUUCCAAUAUUACUCGGAACGCCCUCACGAGCACCUACCCCUUUGAGACAUGAAAGCAGAGCGUUUGCCAACGUCAUCGACGACUUCGCCACACCUACGAAGCGUGGACGUUCCGAAUCACAUCUUGCCAAUGUCGAAUAUGCUGAGACCACUGAUACUGCACCUGGAGCUGAGGCCGAGACUCCGUCAAAGGCCGAGACCAAGGCUGAGAAGGCCGAAGCAAAGAAGGCGAAGAGAGCCGACAAACUUGCCAAGAAAGAGGCUGAGAGAAUGGAGAAGGCUGAGAAGGCCGCCGCCGCUGCCUAUGCUGCAGCUGAAGCCGAAGCUCAAAAGAACGCGGCUGAAAAGCUCGAGAAUGCAGCGUCUCAAACCAAGAUCUCGGAUGCACAACCAGCUCCACCAGGUGCUUCUAAGGAAGAGAUGAGCAAAGCCGCAACCAGGACUGUUGAUCUGAUCAAGGACUUGACACCUGCGGAGGCUGCUGCUGCGGCAAGAUCGGCGGCUGGUGAGACCGUCAGUAAGAAGAAGCACCCUGGAAAGAUUGACAUAACAGCCGCUGUCCUCAAUGGAGCUGAAGUUCCUACUUCCCUUGCUUCGACCCCAGUCAAGACCGAAAACAUCCCUCGUACAUGGAACACCAUCACUACAUCGCGCCCACAAAGUCCUAGCAUAGCAUCGGACUCGGCCAAAAAGGUGACUGCUCCACGCACUCUGCGUCUCACAACUGCCAUUCCUCCGCCUGCACCAGUCGUCGCUCCUGCAAUUCGCUCGAUUCCUGCCGCCGCGUCUCGCAUGCCGUCGAGGCAGCCCAGCAUUGCUUCUAUUCAGCCUCCUGGUACUCCCAGUAGUGACCACAUUUCGGAUGACAUCUCGAUCGCUUCGACUUCCUUGUCGCGUGCCAAUACGCCUCCUCCUCCGAGUUCAAGCAGAGUCGGUUCAGCGUUUGUUCGACAGAACACAAAGAGUCAACAGAAGAAGAUGCGUCAGGAGAAGGCAAGGCAGAUGACCGAAGAGAUCUUGUCCAAGGAUGUUGUUCAGCCCAUCUCUGAACCCAUCCAGGAAGCUAUUACUAGUCGUAAGAAGAAGUCCAAGAGAGACAAGGCCUCAACUCCCGCUACAUCCACGCCUGCUGCGUCGAGCCCCGUUCCAUCGCGUCCCGCCUCUCCUAAGAUGAAGGCCAAGCCCGAAGAACCACCAAAGGUAGAGAAGCCCGCCACGCCCGUCAAGGUCGAGACUCCUUCCCCUCCUCCACCUGCUCCCGCACCUGCUCCUGCUCCUGCUCCUGCUCCUGCUCCUGCUCCUGCUCCAGCUCCAGCUCCAGCUCCAGCUCCAGCUCCUGCUCCUGCUCCUGCUCCUACUCCUGCUCCUGCUCCUGAUUCUGCUCCUGCUCCUGCUCCUGCUCCUGCUCCUGCUCCCGUCACUCCGGUCAAAGCCCCUACACCACCGCCACCACCACCACCACCACCACCAGCAGCGCUGACUCCUGCCUCUCUCAUUGCAGAACUGCGCAGCGAACAUGGCUCUAUAGCCGGCGCUUUCGACGCUUUCUUCCGCCCUUACGCCCAGACUGCCGCGCACUACAAGCCUACGCAAGCUCCUACCUCUUCCGAUCUGAGUCCUGACAACGCAAUUCCGGCCCAUAUGCCUGAACUCAAGAAGGAAGACAUCGACAUUCUGCUUUCUGGUCACGCCUGGCGUCCCUUCACCGAGGAGCAAUAUCACCUUUGGGAGCGCCUUGUUAUCUCGCCGAGUGGUGCCAUUAUCCGACACAUGGAGCCCCAGCUGGAAGAUCGCUUCCUGGCAAUGGAGGCCAUGAACCGCCAACUGCCAGAGAAGCUGAAGUUCCAUCCCAUCCAACACAGCAACACACCUACCGAUCUUGACUUCCCGGCUUUGGACAUUGCCGCUCUGCGCCGCGAGUUCGACGGCGCAUCCAACGGAGGCCGUCACCGCAGUGCCAAUGCCAUGGAAAAGGCUGUCGAGGAGGGCAGCAAGAAGGGAAGCUUCUUGGUCGACACCGCUGGCAAGUACGUCAACGAGUUCAUCAUGCCCCCAGUACCUCAGAGUCCUCCCAACGAGAAGGCUGUCAAGGAGGAGCAGCAGAGAGACAAAAAUCACAUUCUCAGUGUUGAGGACUUGGAGCGUAGAUUGGCUGAGGCCAAGCGAUUUGCGGAAGACAAGGAAGCAGGUCUACGCCGCCUGGUGAAGAGGAACAGAAAGUACAUCGGCCUUACUCACUGAAUCGGAAUAUUGCUCAUACUGGAGGACGGAGAGAUGUAAACACAAUAGGUGUUGUAAGAGGUUGUGGUCCAGAUUUGAGCUCAAUCCCAUUGUGAGUUCAGAAUGUCGUCCAAUCAGACAGAGGACCAACAUGGUAUACCCGGACAUCAGAUGCACUGUCAGAGCGAAGUAGCACUGCUGCCUCUGGGCCUUUAGGAAUAGAUUUUAUUUUAUUCGACUGUACUAUCAUCACAGGUAGCAUCACAUCACGUUCACUGAACGUCGAUAGCUCCAUGUAAAAACUAGACCAAUCUCUGUGUCCAAAAUUGCU